GCAUAAAAUGUUUAGUGUGUAUUAGUUGAAAUAACGGUGAAACUCAAAAAGUAUGGAAUAAUGUACAAACCCUAAACCCUGCGAGCCGGAGUUUUCUUCACUGUUGACAGAGAGAGAAGAAGAAGAAGAAAGAAGAAGAAGAAGAAAAUGGAUGGCGCAGAGGAGAUGGAAAUAGAGGGACAAUCGCUGGUGCUUCCAAUAUGCAACAAUUCUAAGCGAUUUGGUAUCAGAAACUCUAUUCAGACUAACUUCGCCGACGAUUACGUUUUCCAAAUUGUUCCCAAGAAUGAUUGGACAUCAAUGGCGGUAUCACUCUCAACUAAUGCGAUUAAGUUGUACUCUUUAGCUACUGCACAGUACAUAGGCGAAUGUAAUGGUCAUUCUUCAACGAUUAAUCAAAUUUCCUUUUCGGAUCCUUCAUCGCCACAUGUGCUGCAUUCUUGUUCUUCUGAUGGAACUCUCAGAGCUUGGGAUACCAGGUCUUUUCAGCAGGUGUUUUCCCUAAAUGCUGGCUCUUCUCAAGAGAUAUUUAGUUUCUCCUUUGGUGGACCUAAUCAUCAUCUGCUUGCUGCCGGUUGUAAUUCUCAGAUACUCUUUUGGGAUUGGAGGACCAAGCGUCAGGUUGCGUGCUUGGAGGAAUCUCAUACGGAAGAUGUUACUCAGGUGCACUUUAUUCCAGGCUAUGAUGAUAGACUCAUUUCUGCAUCAGUUGAUGGAUUAUUGUGUCUAUUUGAUACUGGUGGUGAUAUCAACGAUGAUGAUCAAAUGGUAUCGGUACUCAAUGUGGGAACCUCUAUUGGAAAAGUGGGAUUUCUUGGAGAGAAGAAUCAGAAGCUUUGGUGUUUGACACACAUUGAAACUUUAAGUGUCUGGGACUGGAAAGAAGAAAAAACCGAGGCCAGUUUUGAGGAUGCUAGAUCCUUGGCCUCUAAGAGCUGGAUGGCAGACAACGUUGACUAUUUCGUUGAUUGCCACUAUUCAGUAGAGGAAGAUCGUCUCUGGGUAAUUGGUGGUACGAAUGGUGGUUCGUUGGGCUAUUUUCCUGUAACUUAUAAAGAGACACGAGCUAUUGGUCCUCCAGAAGCAAUUUUAUGCGGUGGACAUGAAGGCAUCGUUAGGAGUGUCUUGUCUGGGGUACCAGGUCGGACCAUGGAUAACCACGGGAUCUUUGGAUGGACUGGUGGUGAAGAUGGUCGUCUUUGUUGUUGGUUGUCUGAUGGUUCUACUACAAGCCAAUCAUGGAUCUCUACUCUUGCUCUGAAAUCAGACAAGACUCGCCGAAAGGGCAGACAUUCCCCGUACUAACAUGGAAGAUUAUGUUGUAUAUUAUUUUGUUAGUUACUUCAUAUUGUCUUCGUCUCUUAUAUCAAUGUUGUGUCUUAAUUUAUUUGUCAGGUUAGCUUCAUUUUGAAAUGAGGAAAAAUGUCUGAAAUAUAACAAUA